AUGAGCCCAUAUCAUUUUUACAAUAAUGUAAUAGCUAGUAAAUCUAUAAGAAGUAGCGUAUGUUGUAAUAUUAAAGGCAAUGAAAAAAAGUAUCUUAUAUAUGCUUGUAAUAAUCAUUUAAAUGUAUGUUGCAUAGAUAAAAGUGGGAAUACUGAUGAUUAUAGUGAGCAUGUAUUAUUUGCUGAAGUUUUAGAAUUAAGGGAGUAUGUGCCUGAAAAAUUAGUUCAUUGUACUUAUAAUAAAGAAAAAGUAAAGUCUUAUUUAUUUGUAUUAACAAGGAAAUAUGUUUUAUUAUUAUUAGAAUAUGAUGUAAAAGAAAAUGAUUUUAUAACAUUAUCAAAAAUAAAUUUGUGUGAAUUGAAUGGAUUACAUCUAGAAGAGGAUGUUAUAUUUUUGCUUGAUGAAAGGCAUAAGACAAUAUUAUUCUAUGGUUAUAAAAAUAUUUUAAAGUAUAUAUAUUUAGAUUAUGAUAACUUUCUAAAUUUGAAUAAUGUUUAUACGAUGAGGAUAGAUGAGAGUUUAAUAAUUGAUAUUGCCUUUUUGGGGAGCCAUACCAUGGGAUGCAAUAAACAAUUGAAAAACAAACAAGGCGAUGAUGAUAAAAUUAAUUAUGGUGAUUAUAACAACAAUUAUGAUGAUGAUAAAAACAAUUAUGAUGAUGAUAAAAACAAUUAUGAUGAUGAUAAAAGCAAUUAUGAUGAUGAUAAAAACAAUUAUGAUGAUUAUAACAACAAUUAUGAUGAUGAUAAAAACAAUUAUGAUGAUGAUAAAAGCAAUUAUGGUGAUGAUAAAAGCAAUUAUGAUGAUGAUAAAAACAAUUAUGAUGAUAAUAAAUAUUAUGAUGAUAAAAGCAAUUAUGAUGAUGAUAAAUAUUAUGAUCAUGUUCAUAAAAGUGGUAAUUUCCUAUAUGACGAUAUUUAUAAAAAUGAAAUGCUUUUCAAUAAUGAAGAUUUAUUUUUGGAGGAUCAGAAUAUAUAUAAAAAGAUAAAAAAAGAAAUGAUUACAGAUGAUGAAGAUGAUGUACCGUUGAUUAAUAAAACUAUAUAUCCUAGUGGAUAUAAAAGCUGUCUUGAAUUAGAUAAAUUUUCAAAAAAAAAAAGUUCUAAUUUUGUAGGUACUAUGAAUUAUGACAAUAAUGACAAUAAUGACAAUAAUGAUUGUAGACCUAAUUCUAUAAACAAAUUAAAGGUUGAGGAAAGAGGGAAAAGAAAUUGUGAUAUUAGAAACUGUAAUAAUUUUGAUUACAAUAGUGGAGGAUUAUUAUCACAACAACCUAAUUCGUUUGAAUCUUAUUAUCCUACAGAAAAUGAAUAUAAUAAGAAUAUAAGACGUAUGUUAGAUGGGUAUAAUAAUAUAAAAGGUUAUCAACAAGAUGAUGUAAAAUUAGCUUUUUAUGAUUCUUGUAAUUCUACUUAUAAUAAAAAUAAUGAUGAAUAUAUGUAUUCAACUAUAUGUAUAUUAUAUGAUUAUAAGAAAUCAGAUACGGAAUUUUAUGAAAGGUAUAUGAGGAUUAUACCAUUAUAUAGAAUGAAUGAUGCUAGUAUAAAAUGCUUGGGAGACGACGAUUCGGAAUUUGAUUUUUAUGAUUAUAGUGAUAAUGAUAAAUAUUAUGCCUAUAAAUAUAAUAAGCGCAAUCGUGAUGAGGAUAAUGGUAUGGAUGAUCGUAAGGAUGAUAAUAAAGAUAAUCAUAAGGGUAAUCAUAAUGAUAAUCAUAAUGAUAAUCAUAAGGGUAAUAAUAAAGAUAAUCAUAAAGAUAAUAAUAAAGAUAAUCAUAAGUACAAGUAUGAUAACUAUGAAUAUAAUAUAUAUAGUAAUAAUAAAAAUAUAAAUAAAAAGAAUUCAUUUAUUUACAAUAUUAUUGAUAAAGAAUGUCUUUUACCUAAAUAUUAUAAACCGUUACAUGUGGAUCCAAGUAUUAAUAAAAUAUUAUGUUUAUCUAAAUAUAAAAUAUUAUUAAUUGGUUUUCAGUUUAUUAAUUAUAUAAAUAUAGUAAAAGAAAAAAGAAGAAGUUUUUUUUUAAGUUCUGAAUUUAGAACAAUUACUUAUAUAGAAUCAAUAAAUAUGAAUAAAUACAUUUUAUCUGAUGAUUAUGGAGAUUUAUUUAUUUUGUCAUUUUUGCCAAAAAAAAAAAAUAAAGAUACAUUUGAUGAAGAUGAUAUUGAUGUAGAUAAUAAUAUAGAAAAGAAAAAUGAUAAGUAUCAGGAUGAUAAUAUGAAAGAUAUACAAGAUAAGCAUGAUAUUCAAAAAAAAAAUGAACCUUACAAAGGUAGAUACUAUGAUUUUUAUUGUAAAUAUGGAGGUAAUGAUACUUUUACGGGUGAUAUUUCAUCUAUGCGCGUGCAAUUUUUAGGAACAUGUUCUAGAGCUAAUGUAAUAACUCGUAUUUAUACAGAUAUUAUUUUUUUAGGUUCUCAAAUAAGUGAUAGCUAUUUAUUGAAAAUGCAUUAUUUUCCAAUAUAUGAACGUGAGGAUUUUGAACCUGUGGAAUAUUCACCCUACUCUCAAAUGCUUAAAGAAGAUGAAAGGGUAUCCAAAGAAAUGAAUAUGUACCAUGUUAAUAAAUAUGUAGAAGAUAUUUGGAAUAAAAACAAAAACGUGAUGGUACCUAUAAUGAACAAUAAUUCUAGAAAUAUAGCUCACAUGGAAAAUAUGAAGUCUGUGAAUAAUAUUUACAAUGUAAAUAAUAUGAACAAUAUUUUCAAUCUUCCUCCUAAUAUAAAUAAUUUGUAUAAUAACCUAUAUACAAAUAAAGAAAUGCAUGGCCUAGGGAAAUAUUGUAUGAAUUAUAAUAAAACGUAUUUUUGUACAUAUCCUUAUAAUGAUAAUAAUAUAGAACGAAAUAAAUAUAAUAGACAUAAGAGUGAUUAUCAUACUUCUAUUAUUAAUACAUCACAAGGAAAUGUAAAUUGUAGUCCUAGUACGAAUUAUAUAUAUGAUUACAAUGAAGUAAAUAAAAGAAACAAAAUAGAAAAGAAAAAGUUUUAUAUUGAAAUAUUGUCUGUUAUACAAAAUAUGGGUCCUAUAUUAGAUAUGUGUGUUGUAAAAAAUAAAAAUAAUGAAUACGAAAUCAUCACAUGUAAUAGUUAUGGUAGAACAGGAUGUGUAUCUAUUAUACAAAGUGGGUUAAAAACAAAUAUAACAUGUGACCUUAAUUUUAAGAAACUUAAUAAUUUUUUUGUAGUAAAAUAUGUUAUAUAUUUAAAAAAAAAAAAAAAAAAUACAAAUACAAAUAUAAAUACAAAUACAAAUACACAUACAAAUACAAAUACACAUACAAAUACAAAUAUAAAUACAAAUACAAAUACACAUACAAAUACAAAUAUAAAUACAAAUACAAAUACACAUACAAAUACACAUACAAAUACACAUACAAAUACAAAUACACAUACACAUACAACUAUUACAAACGAUGCGAUGAAAAAAGAAAAUGAUCAUAAGGAUUGUAUUGAAGAUAAUAAAGACAGAGUUUAUAAAGAAUCUUUAAAUAUUAAUGAGAAUAGGAAUAAUAUUCCCAUAAAUGAUGAUGAACGUAUGAUGAAUGAUGCGUGUAAUGAUGAUGGAAAUAAUUUACCAAGAAAAAAACAAAAAAAAAAAAAUAAAAAAAAAAAAAGUGUAUCAGAAGAACCAUUACAUUUUGAAGUUUUUGUAUCUUUAAAUAAUAAAAAAAAUAUAAAAAUAAAAAAUAUAAAUUUAUGUUUUCUAAAUAAAUAUUAUUUUGAGAAUGAAAAAGAAAUAAAUGUGUUGAAAUAUUCAAACUUUAUAUAUUUCCAUAUUUUUAUGAUAUGCGUUACUUAUGCAAAUCAGACUAAAAUAGUUGGAGUGUCAAGAGAUAUAUUUAAAAGGAGGAAGAUGAAAAAGGAGUGUAGCAGUGAAACUUUGAUUAAUAAUAAGGAUAAUACGUUUGAUAAUGGUAGGAAUCAUCAUUCGGACAAUAUAAUGAAUUGUUUUACAAGUGAUUCUCACAAUAAGAAUAAUAUAAAUGGUAAUAAUAAUAAUAAUAAUAAUAAUAUUAAUAAUCAUAUGUUUGGAAUGCAGCAUGGUAGAGAUAUACAAGAUGAUAAAAAAAACAAUUUAAAUAAUCCUAAUUUCCAAAAUGAAGAAAAGAAAGAAGAUAUGAAAAAUAAAAUACCUAGUGAAAGCUUUUUAAAAGAUGUAUGUAAUGAAAUAUUUUUAUGUGAAUAUGAAAAUACAGAUAUUGAUAUGUAUAGUAAUACUUUAUAUUUUAAUAUUAUCAAAAACCAUCCGUACUUAAUACAAAUAUGUAAUGAUCAUAUAAGAUUACUAUGUUGUUUAUCUUUAAAAUUAAUAUAUAAUUUACAAGUUACAUUUAUUUAUAACUAUUCUAUAUACAAUGAUUAUAUAUAUAUAUAUUGUAAAGAAGGAAUAAAAAUUUACUCUGUUAUAGAAAAUUAUAUUGUACAUAUAUAUACCUAUAUUAUAAAAGAAAACAUUAGUAGCUGGUCUUUAUAUAAAAAUUUAUUAGCGUGUGUUUUUAAUAACAACGAAGUUGUUAUAUAUAAUAUAAAUAUGAAUACAUUGAAGGAAAUAAAAGAAGAGAAUCAUAAAAAGGAAAGAGAACCAAUAGACCUAGAUACCAAUGUAGAACAAGGGAAGGGUAAAAAGCUUCAUCAUGUUUUUCAUAUCGUUAAUUAUUACAAACCUGAGAUGAGUUUUUUUGCAUAUAUAAGUGAUGUGGAAUUAAUAAUGAUGAAUGAUAACAUGUAUUUAUUCUUGGGUUACAGUCAUGGGAAUAUAGAAUAUUUCAUAAUGUGUGCAUAUAAUAAGGAGGAAAAAAAAAAAAAUAUGGGAGUGGAAUGUAUGUGUCAAAGUGAUGAUGCUGAUAAAAAUGAUGAUAAUAUUAAUAAUGAUGAUAAAAAUGAUGAUAUUAAUAAUGGUGGUAAUAAUAAUGAUGAUAUUAAUAAAAAUGAUGAUGAUGAUAAAAAUGAUGAUAAUAUUAAUAAUGAUGAUAAUAUUAAUAAUGAUGAUGUUAAUAAUGAUGAUAUUAAUAAUGGUGAUAAAAAAGAAAAGAAAAUGAAAAAGAAGGAACUUAAAAGAAAAAGUAAUACCUUUAGUGAUAAUAGUGAUAAUAGUAAUAAUAGUGAUAAUAGUGAUUAUAGUUAUGGAAUUAAUAACUCAUAUGACUAUGUUCCUGAGAAUGUUAAACUGGAAAAAUUUUUAAUCGAUACUGAUUAUAAGGGAUUGGUGAGGAAAAGAAAAGAAUGUAACACAUUAUUUAAAUUGCAUAAAGAAUAUUUAAAAAGGAAAGAAUUAAUUUUGAAAUAUAUUUAUAAAGUUUGUAAAGAUAAUGUUUGUAAAGAACCUACACGUUCAAAUUGUAAAUAUACAUAUAAAUUCAAUAUGCGUGAAGAUUUAGAAAAAGGAAAAAAAAUAAAAAAGAGUAAAAGAAAUGUUUUAAAAUAUUUAUCUCAAUAUAACAUGAACGUUUUUAAUUUCUUUGAUUUUGGUAAUGUUACAUUUAAUAAUAUGAACGAGUUAUAUAAAAUAUGUAAUAGUAGUAAGGAUGAUGUUAUGUAUAUUGAUAAUGAAUAUUAUUAUAAUGUAAAUAUUGAAUCUGAUAAUUUUGUUAGUUUACAAAAAUUUCUUGAAUCUAAUAAUGAGAUUAAUAAAAUGGAUACGGGUAGUGGUGUAGUCGAUGUGGCAGGUGAUGAUAUGAUAGCUUCAUCCUGUAAUAAUAAUAUAAAAGAUAAUAUAAAAGAAAAUGUAGGAGACAACACAAAUGACAAUAUAAAAGAUAUUUUAAAAGACAAUGUAGGAGACAACACAAAUGACAAUAUAAAAGAUAUUUUAAAAGACAAUGUUGGAGACAACACAAAUGACAGUAUAAAAGAUAUUUUAAAAGACAAUGAUAAUGUUAGUAAUAAUUCUUAUACAAAUUAUAGUAAUUCAAAUACAUACGAUAUAUCACAUGCACAUAAUAGUAGUUGUAGUGAUAAGAACACUUUAAAUUUUUCACAAUAUAAUAAAGGUAAAAAGAAAGGCAUGAUAAAGAAUAGUAAUUCUCUUAAGUGUAAUAUAAAAAAAGAAGUUGCUAAUAAUAAUAACAAAAAAAUAUUGGUUAAAGGAGAAAAAAAUGUAAAAAUACAUCAUAAGAGAGCUCGAUAUUUUUUUAACUUUUUUCAAGUGUAUGGUAUAUUAUCUGAAGAAUCAUCUGAUUGUGAUAGUAGUGUAGAUAUAAUGACCUUCAAGAGAAGUAUAAAACCAAAGGAAAAAUAUAAUGAUGAUAAAUAUAUUCGUAUAAAUAAAUAUAAAAGAAGGCUUGCUGCAUAUAAUAGAGAGGGAGCAAUAUUUGAUGAAUUGCGUUGUGGUACUUUAACACCUCCAAGUUUGUAUAUUAACAGAUAUAACAAAUCUAUUGAUAAAUUUUCUCAUUAUAUUAAUAAAUAUAGGAUAAGUGACGAUGACAUGUUAUCAUCAUAUGAUGAUAAUUAUGAUGAAGUUAAUGCUCCAGAUGUUCAGGGUACUAGAAAAAAUAAAAUAAAUAAAAAAAAUAAUAAAAGGCAUAGAAAAACAAGAAGACAAAAAAGAGAUGAAUUGGUUACAAGCACAGACUCGUCAAGCAUUUAUAGCAGUAAAAUGGAUGAAUGUUACCAAUAUGAUGAUGAUGAUGAUGAUGAAAAUUUUGAACAAGAAAGCAAAUGUGAUGAUCCUAUUUUUGAACAAAAUGAUAUAUUAAGAACAUUUAUAAAAAAGGAGAAAAAUAAAAAAAAUAAUAAUAAAAAAAAAAAAAAUUAUAAAAAAAAAAAAGGAAGUAAUGAUAAUAUGAAUGUAUUUAAUAAUACUAGUAAUGUUAAUCAUAAUGAUAUUAAGAAAAGAAAAAGAGAAAUUAAAAAUUUGUUAUAUAAAAAAUUAAAAAGACAAUGUAAAGAUAUCUAUUUACAAGAAAAUUGUAAAUCGGAUUGUUCGAAAUAUUGCAACUCUAAUAAUAUGUCAUCUGAAAUUCCUUCAUCACUUGAUAAUUUAAAUAAUAUAUUGUUUGAUGAAAAAAUAUUUUUAAAGAGUAAUAUUUUAAAAAGUGAAAAAAUUGUUUUAAUUAAUAAAAGGAAAAUUAAUGUAUGUAAUGAUACUAUUAAAUUUAAAAAAUUUGUAAAAGUUUUUUCUGAAAAAAAAAAAAUUGAUAUAAAUCAAAGUAAUAUAAUAAAAAAGUAUAAUUUUUUGUUUGUUUGUUGUGAAAGUCCAAUAAUUAUUUAUUCAGAUUUAAAAAAAAAAAUUAAUGUAUCAAAAUUAUCAUUAAAAAAUAUAUAUAUCGUAGAUAUAUUUAAUGAUUUUAAUUAUUUAAAUCCUUUUCACAAUUUUCUAUCUUUUAAAAAAAAAAAUCAAAAUAAUUUUUAUUUUAUUUUUUAUGAUGGAUAUAAUAUACAUAUAUCACCAUUGAAUCAAAUAAAAAAAACCUUUUUAAAAAAAAUACCUUUUCAUAGAACAGUUGAAAAAAUAGCCUAUCAUUCAGAAACUGGUUUAUUAAUAGCUUCUUGUCCAUCAGAAGAAAAACAUAAAACUAAUGAGAUGAUGAAACAAAUAAUAUGUUUUUUUGAUCCUUAUCAUGAUUCCAUAAAAUAUACUUAUAUUAUACCAUCCAAAUAUACUGUAUCUACAAUUAUUAUAUAUGAUAAUGAUAAACUUAUGAAAAAAAAUUUCGAUGUUACAAGUUUUAUUUUUGUAGGUACAUGUAAUUCAAAUGAAAAAUAUACAGAACCCACAUCUGGUCAUAUACAUAUAUUUAUAGCAAAGAAAAAAGCUAACGUUUUUGAAAUUAAACAUAUAUAUACGCAUAAUAUUAAUUACGGGGGUGUAACCAAUCUAGUUCCUUAUGAUGACAAAAUUGUAGCAACAAUAAACAAUAUGGUUGUUAUUCUUGAUAUAAAUAAUCUAAUAAUAAAAUAUGAAGCUUUUAUGGACCCACAAAAUCUUCAACCAAAAAUAGAGGGAAACAAUGCUAUUGUAGAGCUAGUCUCCUUUACCCCAAGUUCAUGGAUCAUGACUGUGGAUGUCUAUGGAGAUUAUAUCGUUGUGGGAGAUAUCAUGACAUCCGUUACAAUAUUACAAUACGACUACGAAAAUUCUCAAUUAUUUGAAGUGUGCAGAGAUUACUCCAACAUUUGGUGCACAUCACUUUGUGCCUUGUCGAAAAGC